CAUCAAAUCAAAGUUAGAACGUCUUUAUUGAACAUAAUAUGCCAAAGAUUAGAAAGAAAACUUCCAAACGUGGCACCACAAGAAUGCGCGAAAAGAUUAAACACAAGGUCUCAGAGGCUCACAAAAAAGCGAAGAAGCAUGCAAAGAAGGAUGUCACAUGGAAGAGUCGUGUCAAGAAAGAUAUUGGAAUUCCUAAUUUAUUUCCAUACAAAGAGCAAGUCUUGAAUGAACAGCAACAAGCUAAAGAACAAGCUAAGGAACAACGAAUACUCGAGAAACAGAAUCAAAAACUAGCCGACGCCAGUGCUUCAACUAGUGCAGCUGCUCUUGCAGCUACCAUCGAACAAGGCGACAACGACAUGGACCUCGAUAACGACGACGAUCUUGACGAUGCUGCCGAUGCUCCCGAAGACCCAUCUCUCUCAUCUGCUUCCUCUCUUCGCGCUUACGCCAAGUCACUUCGAAAAGUCUUGAUGCUCUCAGACGUAGUAGUAGAAGUCCUGGAUGCUCGAGACCCUUUAGGAACGCGAAGUAUCGAAUUAGAGAAAGAUGCAGUCAAAGCAGGAAAGAAGGUUUUAUUGAUUCUCAACAAGGUUGACCUAGUACCUAAAGAGAAUGUCGAAGGCUGGUUGAAGUACCUACGUAGAUCUUGGCCAACUUUACCCUUCAAGUGCUCUACUCAAAAUCAACGGAAUAACCUUUCUUCCAAAGGAGCUGAUCCAACCUCACGGAAAGGAGUUGAUUCUUCAUCAAAUGCUUGCUCGACCCAGCCUCUUAUGCACCUUUUGAAGAAUUAUGCCCGUUAUUCUAGCUCUGCCUCUGGUUCUGCCUCGGCCGGUCCCUCUGUCAAAUCUCUCGCCUCAAUCACCGUCGGUGUCAUUGGAUUUCCAAAUGUCGGCAAAUCAUCUCUAAUUAACACUUUGAAGCGUUCAAAAGCUUGUGGUGUAGCCCCUACACCAGGUUAUACAAAGGACGUCCAGGAAAUCGCACUCGAAAAGGGACUCAAGAUUCUAGAUUGUCCUGGUGUGGUGGUCGAAUCUAGAGCGGACAACGCGAAGGCUUCUGCUGCUCGAGUAUUGAGGAAUGCAGUCAAGGUUGAACAAGUCGAGGAUCCACUCGGACCGGUCGGUGUCAUCUUGGAUCGAUGCAAGGCUGAGCAUCUGAUGUUACUCUACAACGUUCCCGCCUUUACUUACAACGGUCAACCUGACGAGGAUCGAACCAAAGAAUUUUUGAUUCAUGUCGCUAGGAGUCGAGGGCGGGUGAAGAAAGGUGGAAUCCCAGAUUUAGUCGGCACAGCUCGUAGCAUACUCAGAGAUUGGAAUUCAGGUCGGAUCCCUUACUACACGGUUCCUCCAGCUUUACCACCAGCCGCAUCGAGUUUACCUGCGGCGCGUUUGACUAUCAUGAAUGAGUAUGGUGUUGAAUUCGAUUUCGAAGCACUCUUUUCACAAGUUGACGAAGAGAUU